AUGAAGAUUAUAACAGAGGAAGAAAAAAAUAAUCAUAGAAGUUAUAUAAUUAAAGAAGGUUGUAAAGGUUUAUUAAUUGGUGGAGCUAUAUCAGCAGGUAUAUUUUCAUUUUUAAAAUAUAAACAACCAGCAAGAUUUGCAACUUUUAGUCCAAGUAUAAAAGCUGCUAUAUUUGCAAUGCCCACCAUUGCUUUAGGAGCAUUUUAUGCAGAUCAAGGUUCAUGGAAUUAUGAUCAAAUGAUUCAUCAAGGAGAUUAUCAAAAAUUAGAAAUUAAAAAACAAGAAUUAAAAUUACAAAACUUAACAACUACUGAUAAAAUCAUAACAAAAUUAAAUGAACAUAAAUAUGAAAUUAUUGUUGGAGCUUGGGGUGCAAGUUUGUAUGGAAGUUGGGUCAUUAUAAACAGAGAUAAAUAUAUGACAACAGCUCAAAAACUUGUACAAGCUCGUGUGGUUUCGCAAUUCAUCUCAAUAAUUCUAUUAUUAGCAACAAUUGGUUUAAGUAUAAGAGAUGCUGAAAUUAAAAAAAAACAACCUGCUGAAAAACCACAUUGGAAAAGAGUAUUGGAAGAACAAGGUGAAACAAAGUAA